ACCUGUAUUCACUAUGUUAUCGAUAGUCUAUUCAAUAGUUUUAUAAAUAUGUCUCAACGGAAAGACCCUCCAAAGCUUCAAUGAACCUGUAUAACCUUUAAAUAAUAUUUUAAGAUUUUUCAGUCCCUGACUGUGGAUUGUAUUUGAGAAAACUUAAACCCAGGAGAAACUCAGCAAUUGCGGAAAACAAACUCAAUAUUACACAUGAACUUUUAAUCAUUUACAAGUCCAAGUCCUGUCAGAUCGGUUCGAAAACAAUAAAAACCCAAAAAAUUCUUGUCAUUCCAUUAAUCGGGUCUAGAAGUUAGUUCAUUUUCACAUUUAAAGAGGCACAUUUCUGGAGAUUUUGAAUUUGUGAAAAAUGGCCUUCUCUGGACACGUAAGCGUAUCAGGACAACUAAUUCGUGAUGAAAUAUAUAGCGGGAAAACGCUCAACCGUCGAUCCACAUCUUUCUGCGGAUCACCCACCGCAGUGUUUUCACCUAAACCAUCACCCCAAAGCAAUGCAUCGCAGAAGGAUUUGGUUAAGGAAGAAAAGUUCGGUUCCAAGUUUUUUGUUGCCGAUUCGGGAAAGUCAUCGCCCCUCUCUACGGACAGUUGGUCAGUCACGUACGAAGGAUUUAAGUCGCCUGAGAGCCAAAGUGACUUGGUUCCCUCACUACACUUCAGUUCUCAGCCGAGCUCCCGGAAUUAUUUGCAACACGUGAAUAGCUUGAAGGGUCACCGUGAACAUGAUGCUGCCUAUGAGAACUGGUACUCCGCCAAGCAGAGGCAGCGCCAAAAACAGAUUCAGCGCUUGAAACGGGAGCGGGACUAUGACCAGCAGCGGGUGAAAGAACGUAAGCAGCUGGCCCAGAUGUGCUACGACCAGUGGCUAAAGGACAAAGCUCGUUUGGCAGAAAAUCAACGCCUAGAGAAACACCUUCGAACGGCAGCUAUGCAAGCCAGCAUGGCACUAUCCAAGAGUCCGAUCGAUUCUCCCUUCGAAGGAGGAACUUCGUCAAAGGUGGCGCCCACAAAGGUCAGUAAGCCAACACGGAACGUGUCCCAAGAAGAGAUUCGAAAGGUGGUAGAGGGCUGGUGGAUAAAGAAACAGCAGCAGCAAAAGGCCCAGCGUGAGGCAAAGAGGCAGGAUAUGAUGUUUAAGGCGCUGGAGGAAGAGCGCCGCAAGCAAAUGGCUGAGGUGGCAUGGCAAAAGUGGAUGUGCAAUGUGAACGAGAAGCCGAAACCAGUGCCCCUCAAUCAAGGAAUGGACUCGCUUCGUGGCACUAUCUCCCACUUGUAUGUCAAUCCCCAGCCUUGGCUGGGCCCCAUCAACUCACCAAAGUAAAAGCCGAAUAGUUCCAAUACACUAUUCUGAUUUGUAGUCUCUGUACUAAAUAAGCCAUUUAAAUUACAUAAAAAUUGUUUAGCCUAUGUA